AUGUCGGACGGCAAAAUCUCCUUCUCCUUUGGGAGCAAGCAGAAGGCAGCCGAGCCGGCGCCGUCCGGCAAGUCGAACCUCGAGCUCCUGAUGGCGCAAGCCAAGGCGAAGAAGCCUGCGAAACCAGUGACAUUCGACGACGCGGACGACGACAUUGCCCUUCCCGUCAAGAAGAAGGAAGCGCGCGCCGCGCCAAACCUUUACGCCCCUUCCUCGUCCUCCACCAAAUCAUCCACUUCCGCUCCUUCCGCCCCUUCCGCUCCGGCAAAGAGAGAACUCCUCUCCCGUGCCGAGCGCAAGGCCCGCGACGAGGCACUCAAGCUCGACGCAAGCGUGUUCGACUACGACGGCGUCUAUGACGGGAUGAAGGCUGCCGAAGCUGCUGUCACUGAGGCACGUAAAGCCGCCGCCCCCACCGGGCCCAAGUACAUCGAGUCCUUCCUCGCUGCGGCAGCUACACGAAAGCUGGACCGGUUGCGCGCCGAGGAGAAGAUGCUUGAACGGGAGCGCGUGGCGGAAGGAGACGAGUUUGCAGACAAGGACAAGUUUGUCACUCCGGCUUAUCAGAAGCAGAUGGAGGAGGUGCGCAAGGCCGAGGAGGAGGAGAAGGCGCGCGAGGACGCGAUGCGCAGGUCGAACAAGGGUCCCGGCCUUACAAGCCUUUACGCGAGCAUGCUCGACGACGGGGCGGCAAAACAUGCUGCGGCCGUUGCAGCUACGGCUAAGACCGGACCGAGUCUCGCUAUUAGGCCGCCACAAGACUUCAAGGAUGAGGAGGAGUACGACCCGCUCCUUGCGGCCGAGGAGAAGUCGUCUCGACUCGGGGCGGGAGUACGCACAAUAAACGCCGAUACGGGCAAGGAGAUUGAGAUCAACGACGACGGCGAGGUCGUCGACAAGCGGUCGCUCCUCAAAGCGGGGUUGAACAUCACCAAGAAACUUGGUCCCGCCCUUCCACCGUCCCUCAUCUCGGGAACGCGUGAGGAGGCAAAGAAUAAGCCGUACGUCUCGCGCGCGGUUGGCGCGGCCGCCUCGUACCAUGAACGAGUGGCGCGCGAGCGCAAGCGCCUCUCGGAACAGAUUGUCGUCGAGGAAGAGAAGAAGCGGGCUGCGGCCGAGGCCGCUCGGGCUGAAGAGGAGGAGGCGGCGCGGAGACGACGUGAGGGUGAUGAUGGAGCGGCAGCCGAAAGGCGGAUGGGUGCUAAGGAGAGGUACUUGGCCCGAAAGAGGGAACGGGAGGAGGAGCAAGCGAGGAAGAAGCACAAGGCGUAG